CUCGACCGUCGCGUCUUUAUGACGACAUCCUAACAGCGUGAAGCCAGCAGCAAUGUGUUUAAAGUGAAUCUGCUCGCGCUCUUACAGUAAACCCGCAUUAAAGCACACACACACACACACACACACACAGCGUUAUUAACAUGGUCACACACGGAGAGAGUGUGUGAGGGAGCUGAAGGAGAAUAUUAUAGUAAAGAUGACACUGAGGGGUUAUAGCGUGUGUUAGCGGUUAGCUUCACAGCACUGUGUGUGUGUGUGUGUGUGUACACAUGGCGAGCUUUUUCAGGAGGAGUGUGUCCUCACAGUUAGUGAGAAUCUGUGGAGGAAGUGAAGAGGUUUUCAUUCCGCUGCUGUCCGCUGUGCCCGUGUCCAAGAGACAGUUGACCCCUGACUUCCGGUUGAGUGUGAGCUCUCUGGUGCAGAAUGGAAUUCUGUCCCCUGAGGAGGAUCUGCUGAGUCAGACCGAGCGCCUCGCCAAGCAGCUGGAAGUGAGCAGUGUGAUUGAGGACGUGACGGCAGGCCGAGGAGUUCUCACCUUCAGAGUCAACAAACUGCUGCUGGCACAGAAGGUAUUAUCGGAGCUGCGUGAGGAUCCUCAGGCGUUCGGUGUGAAGAGUGAAAUCCUCAGGACCCUGCCGAGGGGGAGGACGCUGGUCGAAUACAGCUCACCCAACAUCGCCAAGAAGUUCCACGCUGGACAUCUGAGGUCCACCGUCAUCGGUCACUUCAUUGCCAAUCUGAAGCAGGCUCUGGGAAAUGAUGUCAUAAGAGUUAACUAUUUAGGCGACUGGGGCAUGCAAUUCGGGCUGUUGGGGGCGGGGUUUCAGCGUCUGGGAUCAGAGGAGAAGCUGAAGGAGAACGCACUGCAGCACCUGUUUGAGGUGUAUGUCCAGGCGAAUCGGGAGGCGGAGCAUGAUGAGAGCCUCCGGUCGGAUGCUGCAGAGUUCUUCAGGCGUCUGGAGCAGCAUGAAGAGCAGACGCUGUUGCUAUGGAAACAGUUCAGGGAAAUUACAGUGCAGGAGUACAGGAGGAUCUAUCAGCGUUUAGGUGUGCACUUUGAUCAUUACUCAGGUGAAUCUUUCCAUCAGAGUAAAACUCAGGAGGUGUUGAAUGACCUGCGGACACACGGCCUGCUGAAGAUGACGGAGAAGGGAACAGGAGUGGUGGAUCUGAGUGAACAGGGAGACAUGUCGUCUUAUUCCACUGUACUGCGCAGUGACGGAACCUCACUGUACAUCACCAGGGACGUGGCUGCAGCUCUGGAGCGCAAACAGACAUUCGGCUUUGAUGAGAUGAUCUACGUGACAGAUAAGAGUCAGUCGGUCCACUUCCAGCAGCUCUUCCAGAUCCUCCGUGUGAUGGGACACCACUGGGCCCAGAGGUGUGUGCACGUGCCAUUCGGUUUGGUGAAGGGGAUGAGUACACGGCGUGGUGACGUGGUGUUUCUGGAGGACGUGAUAGACGAAGCACAAAACAGAAUGUUGCACAACAUGAACCAGUCCAAGACGUCUAAAGCUGUGUGUGAUCCAGAGCUGAUAGCAGAUCAGAUUGGAAUCAGCGCUCUCAUCAUCCAGGACUUUAAAGGUCCCCUGACGGCGGAUUAUGUGUUUGAUUGGGAGCGAGUGUUACAGGCUCAGGGCGACACCGGUGUCUUUCUGCAGUACACACACGCUCGCCUGCGCAGUUUGUUGAGGACGCAUGGAGACGAGACUCACACACACUUCGAUGCGUCUCAUCUUCAGGACCGCAGGAGCAUUUCCAUCCUGCAGCACUUACUGAGGUACGAUGAGGUUCUGCUUCAGUCUGCGCUCGAGCUACAGCCGCGCUACCUCGUCAACUUCCUGCUCACGCUGUGUCACUUGGCGUCCUCAGCACACAGAGAUCUACCGGUGAAAGGAAGCGCUACAGACGUGGCUCAGGCCAGGCUCCACCUCUUCGCAGGCACAUGCUCAGUCCUGGCCAAUGGGAUGAAGAUUCUUGGCGUGACUCCGGUGGAGAAAAUGUGAAACUGAAUGUGUAAAAAAUUUCACAGUGUGCAAAUAAAACGCUAAAA